AAGGAGAGAGAUGAGAGAUAGGGAAGAAUCCAGGAUGACUCUUAGCUUGUGAGCCUGAGGCCCCGGAUGAUGGGGCUGCUCUCACUAAUAAUAAUAAUAAUAAUAAUACGAGUUCAGUUUUGAUCACACGGAGUUUCUUUAUUGGAAUUCCACUUUGGGCUGUUUGAAAGGCAGCUGGAGAUGGGGGACGGGCGCUCGGCAAAGAGGCUGGAGGCAGAAAAGGCCCAUUUGGGAAUUAUUUGGAUAGAGAUGGGCAUUAAAUGGAGACGAGCUGCUGAGAUCACCAAGCGAAGGAGCGAAAAGAGACCCAGAACAGAGAGCUGAGGGCCAGGCGUGAUCUGGAGGAGGCUCCAGCGAAGGAGGUACAGAAGGAACAGUCCGGGAAGGAGUAGUGGACAAUCAGCAGAGGGGAGUGUCCCGAGACACAGGCUGUAUUCCCCAGCAACGGCUCCCCCGCGCUAGGCAGCGUACGCAACACUCCGCUCCCAUCGUCCCCCACUUCCUUCAAGGCGCCCACAGGGGGCCAGGUGCGCGAGGGGAACGACGACCGAGACUCGGAGACCUCCGAGGCGUCCUAGAGAGGCAGCGGAAGUGGCGCCCCAGCGUUCGCAGCCCACAGAGGCGUUCUUUUGUAGGCGGGGCUGCGCUUCCGGCCUCUCCGUCGUCCGUUCGCUCAGGCCGGUCUCAGUUUCUUUCCUUUCUACCCUGUCCAAGAGGGUUUAGGAAGAGAGGCGAUGGCAGCUCCAUUUCUGACAUUCAAGUCUCAGGACUUGGUGACGUUUGAGGAUGUGGCAGUAUAUUUCACUGAGGAGGAAUGGAAUCUUUUACACCCUGGUCAGAGGGCUCUCUACCGGGAAGUGAUGCUGGAGAAUUACACGAACAUCCUCUCCCUCGGGAUUCCCAUCAACAAGCCUGAUGUGAUUUACAAGCUGGAAGAAGGGGCAGUGCCAUGGAUCACUGACCUUCAGAAUAAGGAGCAUGAAAACGACCAGGACAUGUGGGCAGAUGAUGGCAUUAAGACUGAAAAUGAUGAAGAGCCUGAUUCAGAGAUGGAAGUGUCUGAAGAAGCUGCAUCACCGUGGUCUUUGUUGACAGGAUUCCAAUUGGACAUUCCUCAGGGGCUUGAGUUUGGAGAUGCCUCUGCAUAUGAAAACAGGUUAGAGAGGCAGCAAGGUGACCCAGGGAAUUGUACCCUAUCCCAGGAGAGAGGUUUUAGCAUAAUGGGUAUAAACCCCAAUCAUGUCUCUGUAGAGCAGAGAAAUCAUGAAUAUAGUGAUUAUAGGAGAAACUGUGGUUUGAGCUUCCCUUUACAUAUGGGACUAACGGUGCAGGAUUUCCCUGUACCAUAUGAAGGAACUCCCACAUUAGGGAGAUCUCAGAGACAUAAUGAAUAUAAUCAUAACUUUAGCCUGAAUCCAGAUUCUGUAAGACAGAGAAUACAUAGUAGGGUAAAGCGAUAUGAAUGUAAUGAAUGUGGGAAUGCCUUUAGUAAGACCUCAUAUCUUAUUGUACAUCAAAGGUUUCAUAGUGGAGAAAAACCCUAUAAAUGUAAUGAAUGUGGGAAAGCCUUCAGUCAGACCUCAAACCUUAUUGUACAUCAGAGAAUUCAUAGUGGAGAGAAACCUUAUGAAUGUAAUGAAUGUGGCAGAGCCUUUACAGCAAGGUCAGGCCUGAAGCAACAUCAGAGAAUCCAUAGUGGAGAGAAACCAUACAAAUGUAAUGAAUGUGGGAAAGCCUUCAAAGAGACUGCACACCUCAUUCAACACCAGAGAAUUCAUAGUGGGGAGAAACCCUAUAAAUGUAAUGACUGUGGGAAAGCCUUCAGUCAGAUUUCAUCCCUUAUUGGACAUCAGAGAAUUCAUACUGGAGAGAAACCUUACAAAUGCAAUGAAUGUGAAAAAAACUUUAGGUGUGCUUCACAUCUCAUUAGACAUCAGAGAAUUCAUAGUGGAGAGGAACCUUAUAAGUGUAGUGAUUGUGGGAAAGCCUUCAAUAAGAUUUCAACCUUUAUUCUUCAUCAGAGAAUCCAUAGUGGAGAAAAGCCCUAUAAAUGUAAUGAGUGUGGAAAAAUCUUUAAGGGCACUACCCAGCUUAUUCAACAUCAGAGAAUUCAUAGUGGAGAGAAACCCUAUGAAUGUAAUGAGUGUGGGAAAGCUUUUACUCAGAUUUCAAACCUUAUUAUACAUCAGGGAAUUCACAGUGGGGAGAAACCAUAUAAAUGUAAUGAAUGUGGGAAAGCAUUCAGACUGCGCUCACAUUUUAUUACCCAUCAGAGAGUUCAUACUGGAGAAAAGCCCUAUGAGUGCAAUGAAUGUGGGAAAGCCUUUAGUCAGACCUCAAACCUAAUUGUACAUCAGAGGAUUCAUAGGGGAGAGAAACCCUGUAAAUGUAAUGAAUGUGGGAAAGCCUUCAGAUGGAGCUCAGAGCUCAUUUUACAUAAAAGAAUUCAUUUUGGAGAGAAACCUUAUAAAUAUGAUGAACACGGUAAAGCCUUCAAACAGAACUCGGAGCUUAUUUCACAUGAGAAAAUUCACACUAAAGAGUAACACUGGGUCUAGUAAAUAUUAGGAAAGCUUCAGCCACUCUUACAGCUUUUCAAGCCCCAGAAAAUUCAUGCUAUGGCUAGACUCCAUGUAGUAUUAUAAAAGUAUUGGGGGUGAGCUUGUGUGUCCAUCUAUGACUUGCUUUGUUUUACCCCCAAACCAGUGUUAUGUUGCUGAUUGGCCUUCAGUCCUGUCACUUCAGAUUCAUGCCUUGCUACUACCAAGCUGUAGUUGAGGCCCUCAGAGGCUAUGGAAAGCAGUUGCUUAUUAAUUCAUCUUCUCUCCUCCAGGCUAUACGCUUUUUUUUUUUUUUUUUAAUCUCUCCUGCCUAAAGCUUUUGGAUUAACCUUGCUAAAUCAUUACUUCGAUCAUGUCUUCUGCAACCCAUGUUGUCACUGAAUUGCGUAGGCCACCUCCUAGUGGACCCUUCUACCCCUACAUACCUAACUGGAUUUCUGGUUACUUCCAAAUGCAAAUACUUCACUCAGGCUGAUUAGAAAACCCUCAGUUAGAUCUACUGAGCUGGUGAUAUCCAGGGGUGUUUUAGAGAGACAAAGAGUAUUUUUACAGAUAGAUAAAAUAUAUCAAGAGAAAUCUGCAAUCAAGGACUAAACAAGAAAAUGACUUUGAAUUUGUUUUAAUCUGAGGACAGAAAAUGCAACAAUUUGCCUUUUCCCUUUAGUAAUAACAGCCACCAAUGAUAUAAUACUUUGAGCACUUUUAUAUAUAUUAUCUCUUGAAUUUCACAACAGCCCCUUUUGAAGUAGUUUUUAGAUGUGUUAACUCAGUUUUACAAAGGAAAUGAACUCACGAGCUUGUGAUUUGUCCAGGGUCACAUAGCAGUGUCAGACAAGAGUCGAGCUGAAGUCUCUUUUUUGUGCUUUCCUGUGGAAAGGAAAGAGAGCUCUUCACUUGAGCACCCUUUUUGGGUUCUAAACUAGAAAGUAUUUUGCCCAGCAGAACCAACAGGAGCCAAGGUUUAGAGAAAGGACCUGUGUAGACUUGGGGUGGAGGAUGGGGGUUUUCCUCGAGUGUCGCCUCUGAGAACCUUCUAUUGUGCCAUAAGAAGCUUAGCUGGAUUUCAAGUGGAAGAGCCUAAAUUCUAAUCCUGGUGGUUCUGUGAUUUUGAGCAAAUCCCUUCAGCUCCAGUUUUAUUUGACUUAGAUGGCUUCAAAGGCCUCUUCCACUUGUAAUUCGAGAAGCCUGUGAUUCUAGAGCUUUUCAUGUUCUUAUUGACUGCUCACUGAAACGUGAAUCUGUACCUGUCUGGUUUGCUUAGUAGUUGGACCUACAGUAGUUACUGGCUGUAACUGUGACUAAUGCCUUUUGUGAUACAAUUUGUACUCCUAAUUUUCUCACUUAUCCAAUCCAACUUUGUGUCUUCAUACUUACAAAUCAGUGUGAUGCUGUUCCGUUCCAGACUGAGUAAAUCCGGAUGUCAUAAGCUAUCAUAAAAUGCCUUCAAUAAUCUGGCCCCUCUCUACCUCUGCCACCUUUCCUUCUGCCACUACACAUAGGAGUAUGUCUAGAAGAGGGUGAACAGGAUGACAGGAGAAGUAGGGAGUGUAUUAUCUGAGGGCAGGUGUUCAGCCUGAAAGAGAAAAGAAUUAGGAGGGACAAGAUAGCUAUUUUCAAGUAUUUGAAGGAUUAUCUCGUAAAAGAGGGAUUUCAUUUGUUCUGCUUAGCCAUGAAGGACAACUGGGAGGAGCAGGUAGAUGUUGCAAAGGCCAUUUUAGCUUUAAUGUAAAGAAAAAGCUGCUCAGUGUUGGAAGGGCAUCAUCUACGGGUGAUGGAUUCUCCUCCUUGGAGGCCUUCUCAGAGGCGAUUCUUAUUUAUUUACGUUUUGGACUAAUGACCUCUGAAUCUCUGUUUCUGGGAUACUCUUUUAUGUGAACCCUCUAACAAGCUGGCCUACCCAUGAUUUCCCAAGCAAAAUCUCGCAGUAUGGUGUGCUAGAAAGAGCACCGGCCUUGGAGGCAGAAGGCCUAGUUUCAAAUCCCAUCUACCUGCUAGCUUUGUCACAUUAUGUAAUUCAUUUCACUUCUCAGCCUCGGUCUCCUCAUCUGUAAAAUAGGGAUUAGAAUAAUUUGCCCUGUCGUAAUCAGGGAUUUUUUUUUUUUUUUUGGGAGCAUGUGAAAAUGCUUUGUAAACUUGAAAGCACGAUACAAAUGGAAGCUAUUUGAAUUCCCGCCUCUGUGCCUUU